AUGACUUCCAAGUUCCAGGAUGGUUCCCCGCCCUCCGCAGUCAAACUCGCCUACCUCGACCUUAACCCCACAGCCCUCAAAACAGCGCUGGCGAUAACCUGCUUCAGGGGUCGCCUUGACUCAACCCUAACAUUCGCCCAUGGCGCCCUGCAAGACUACCGGAUCGUCGUGGUAGCGCUGUUCGGAAAUGGCGAAUCCUCAAGCCCCUCGAACAUGUCGACCCCCCCGCGCUCGUUCGACUAUCGCGACUGCCUCCGCGCCCAGCACGCCCUGUUAACCCAGCAUCUGGGAAUCCACGAUAUUGACGUUGUCGUCGGAUUCUCUAUGGGCGGACAGUGCGCUUACUACUGGACGUUGAUGCACCCGACCAUGAUCCGUAACGCGGUUAUUAUCUGCUCCUCGGCGCGGACCAGUCGACAUAAUUACCAGUUCCUCGAGGGACCCAAGGCGGCACUUCAAUACGCCGAGGACUACCAAGCUCGACAGCACGUCAGAGCUUCGUCCGCAGAUUCACCCCAUUCGAGCAGUGUGCACGGCGGCCUCCGAGCCUUCGGAAAAGCCUACUCUGCCUGGCUUACAAGUCCCGCCUGGUUUGAGGAGGAGAUGUACAAAUCGCUCGGGUACGAGACGUUGUGUGCCUGGGACGAAGUCUUCGCUGGCACGAGCUACUACAGUUGGGAUCCCGAUGACCUGUUGGCUAAACUAAGUAUGUGGCAGAGGGGUGAUGUGACUUCGGUUUUGGAGAUGGAGACAGGUACUACUAGUGCAACAUUAAGCGACGCGCUUUCAAAGAUCAAGGCUAGGGUUUUGCUCAUGCCGUCUCGAUCCGACCAGUAUUUCCGCUGGGAGGCGGCUGAGAAGGAGGCUCGUUGUGUACCAAAUGUGACGUUUAGAGUAAUAGACUCUGACUGGGGACAUCUUGCUGGGAUUGGGGUCAACCGAGUGGAUAAGGACUGGAUGGAUUGCGAGAUUGCGACAUUUCUUUCUAUUUAG